AUGAGCCAGGAAGACAUUCCCGGCCCGGAUGCGGCUCUGGGGCUGAAAGAUGGCCUCAACGGCUCGACUGAGAAGCCCGCGCCGACGAAGCCCUCGGCCGCCGCCCAUCACCCCUCCGGUAAGGCCGGACAUGGCGCGGUUGUCAUGUUUCUGCGCGGCCUUGCCUUUGCCGUGUACUUUUGGACAUGCUGCAUCGCCAUCGGCAUCACCCAGCUGAUUGGCGCGCCGCUCUACUUUGUCAACAAGGACAUGUUUUACGCUUACAUGGCCAUGACCAAGCGGUCCUUUGCCCUCGUCAUCACUGUUAUGACCAGAAUCUGGGGGCGAACCACCAUUCGCGUCAGCGGCGACGAGUCUGUGGCCGGCCAAAUCAGGAAGAUGCCGGACGGCACUGUUCAGUUUGACUUCCCUGAGCGCAUGGUCAUGAUCGCAAACCACCAGAUCUACACAGACUGGCUGUACCUCUGGUGGGUCGCGUAUGCCAAUCGCAUCGGCAUGCAUGGCCACAUCUACAUCAUCCUCAAAGACUCUCUUCGCUGGAUCCCAAUCAUGGGCACCGGCAUGAUGUUUUACGGUUUCAUCUUUAUGUCGCGCAAGAUGGCCACGGACCGCCCGCGUCUCGCCCAUCGCCUGCAGAAGCUGCGACAGUUGAAGACGGCCCCCAACGGGAGCAGAUACUACGACCCCAUGUGGCUGCUUCUAUUUCCCGAGGGAACCAACCUUUCCAACAAUGGAAGGCGAAAAUCGUCAAGCUGGGCCGCCAAAAACGACCUUAGAGAUCCGGAGCACGUCAUGCUACCCCGAAGCACAGGCACCUUCUUUUGUCUGAACGAGCUCAAGGGUUCGGUAGAAUAUGUAUAUGAUUGCACCGUCGCUUAUGAAGGCAUAAAGCGUGGUGAAUACGGGGAGGAGCUCUUUUCACUCAGCGGCACAUAUUUUGCUGGCCGACCACCCAAGUCCGUCAAUUUUCAUUGGAGGAGAUUCCGCCUAGCUGAUAUCCCCCUCGAUGACCAAAAUGAAUUCGAAGAAUGGCUGCGCAAGGAAUGGUAUAAGAAAGACGAGCUAAUGGAGGUGUACAUGACGGAGGGACGGUUCCCAGCAAUGUCUGACACAAAGACGCCCUAUGUCGAGACCGAAGUGAAAACAAGGUCGCCCUUUGAGAUUUUUCAAAUCUUUGCUGUUGUCGGCAUAGUCGGUCUGAUGUGGAACAACGUCCAGAAGCUGUACGCAGCCGUCACCAAGAUGUUUGGGUGA